AUGUGUGUAUUCGCCGACAGCUCCAGACGCCGCAGUGACACGGCGUAUCUCACUUUGGCCAAAGAAGCUGCAGACAGGAGUAAAGACCCGGCAGACAGACAGGUACAGGGCGACUGGGGCGACUGGGGGAGGGGGACGGGUGCUGCUAAGAGCAAAGCCGAGAGGGAGGGGGCGCAGAGCGAAGAUGCAGCUGACAAUGCAAGUGUUGGGAUGAAGCAAAGUGUUCAUUGUUGGGGGAGUGGGGAGCAUCCCACCUCUCUGACCUGCGUGUGGCGGUCGUGUCUUGGACUUCUUGCUGCACAUCAGCUCACUGCUCUCUCCUCUGCCCGCUCGCUCCUAUUCCCACCUUACGCGGACAACAAAAGGCGUAGUCUGUGGCAGACAGAGCAAUGA